UUUGACGUCGCUGCUCUGGCCGCGCUCGGGAGUUACAACGAGGGGCUGCCGGUGGCCCCGGUGGGCUCCUUCACCAGCGCUGCGCAGCCGCACGGCCUGCUCCAGCAGCCGGGCCGCGGCCACAUCUCUGUUCGUUGUGGAAAGAAGCAUAAGCUCGAAGAAGAGGCAGAAGGUUGUCCUGUGCGGAAGAAGAGACUGACAGGAGCCAAAAAUUGCCCUUUGAAUCCCAGCACUGAAGAAUGGAUUCUCUGUGCAGGUCAGCAGGCAGCUGGGGAGGUAGCAAGUCAGUAUGGUAGCAGCGGUCCUGAAACUGCCAUGUUAGAAAUGCCCUGUGAAGAAAUGGAUCAGACAAUGGGGGAACAGCAAUGCGAGGUUGCCCGCAGGAAGCUUCAGGAGAUUGAGGACAGGAUAAUUGAUGAAGAUGAGGAAGUUCAUGCUGAUGGAAAUGUUAGCAAUCUGCCCACUCUUAUCCUGUCAGAUACCCUUAAGAAAGGGAUGAAGAGGGAUUUUGGUGAAGUCCUGACAAAGAAAAUAAUAGAGUCUAUGAGCCGUCCUUCUAUGGAGCUGGUACUUUGGAAACCUCUUCCUGAAUUUCUCACAGAUAAACUGAAGUCUGUUUCUGUUAAGAACUUCAAGCAACAGAGUACAGAAGCGUGUCAAGCGAAGCAGCCAACGGCAGGAGCUGCUUUUGACCCACAAACUGAAACAUUCCCUGAAUCCCAACAGACUGCCAUGUCUCCACAUGCAUAUGCUAGUCUGGAAAUUUCCGGCUGUGCAGAAGAAGAAAUGGAGUUGUAGAUGCCAGAUUUUAGACUGGAAGUGGUAAGCUUCAAAUGUUUUUUUUUUGUUGCUGUUUUUUGGUUCCCUUUUUCUUUCUGGUUUGAUGUGUGAAUCUGAAGGUUUUAGUGUUUGUUUUUGGUUUUCCUGCUAACGAUCAUAA